CAGCAACAGCAGCAGUUUGUGUCUUUGCUAACCUCUGCGUUAUCAUCUCUUUCUCGUUAGUUUCAGGUUAACAUGAACAUUUAAACGCAGGAAAAAUAGCAAAAUCGAAGAGUCGCUGUUAAACAGUCCGCUAAAAUGAAGCUGAACAUCGAGGGUCUGCUGGUCUAUUUUCCGUAUGAUUACAUCUAUCCGGAGCAGUACUCUUACAUGCUGGAGCUUAAGAGGACUUUGGAUGCAAAAGGUCAUGGAGUCCUGGAGAUGCCGUCAGGAACAGGGAAGACCAUCUCUCUGCUGUCUCUCAUCGUCGCCUACCAGAGGGCGUUUCCGCUGGACGUGACCAAGUUGAUUUAUUGCUCCAGAACAGUUCCUGAAAUUGAGAAAGUUGUGGAGGAACUCAGGAAGCUGAUGGAGUUUUAUGCCAAAGAAACGGGAGAAGUGAACAACUUCCUGGCUCUGUCUCUGUCCUCCAGGAAGAACCUCUGCAUCCACCCAGAGGUCAGCUCUCUGCGUUUUGGGAAGGAGGUGGACGGGAAGUGCCACAGUCUGACGGCGUCCUACAUCCGCGCUCAACGCCACAGCAAUCCCAACCAGCCUGUCUGUCGCUUCUAUGAGGAAUUUGACGCGGUUGGACGACAGGUUCCUCUUCCUGCCGGCAUCUACAACCUGGACGACCUGAAGGACUUUGGCAGGAGGAAAGGCUGGUGUCCGUACUAUCUGGCUCGCUACGCGAUUCUUCAUGCCAACAUCGUUGUGUACAGCUACCACUACCUGCUGGACCCAAAGAUAGCCGACCUGGUGUCCAAGGAGCUGGCCAAGAAGUCGGUGGUGGUUUUUGAUGAGGCCCAUAACAUCGACAACGUGUGCAUCGACUCCAUGAGUGUGAAUAUAACUCGGCGAACGCUGGACCGCUGCCAGAACAACGUAGACACGCUGCAAAACACGAUACACAAGAUAAAGGAGACGGAUGCUGCCAAGCUGAGGGAGGAGUACAGACGAUUGGUGGAGGGGCUGAAGGAAGCCAACGUUGCCAGGGAAACGGACAUCUACCUGGCAAACCCAGUGCUACCUGACGAGGUCCUGCAAGAGGCCGUUCCCGGUUCGAUCCGCACGGCCGAACACUUUGUCGGCUUCCUGCGGCGUUUCCUGGAGUACCUGAAGGCCCGCCUGCGGGUGCAGCACGUCGUCCAGGAGAGCGCCCCGCAGUUCUUAAAAGACAUCUUCGACAAAGUCUGCAUUGACAGAAAACCUCUCAGGUUCUGUGCGGAGAGGCUGCAGUCGUUGCUGCGAACUCUGGAGAUCGCAGACAUCGCAGAUUUUUCGGCCGUUACGCUCAUCUCCAACUUUGCAACUCUUGUCAGCACCUACAGCCAAGGUUUUACCAUCAUCAUUGAACCUUUUGAGGACAGAACUCCAACCAUCGCCAACCCUGUGCUGCAUUUUAGCUGCAUGGACCCGUCUAUAGCCAUAAAACCUGUUUUUCAGAGGUUCCAGUCGGUCAUCAUCACCUCAGGGACUCUCUCUCCGUUGGACAUCUACCCCCGCAUCCUCGACUUUCGACCUGUUACCAUGGCGUCCUUCACUAUGACGCUUGCACGAACCUGCCUCUGUCCUCUGAUUGUCGGCCGAGGGAAUGACCAGGUGGCUCUGAGCUCAAAGUUCGAGACGAGAGAGGAUUUCGCCGUGAUCCGUAACUAUGGCAACCUCCUCCUGGAGAUGUCGGCGGUCGUUCCAGACGGGAUCGUUGCUUUUUUCACCAGCUACGUCUACAUGGAGAACAUCGUGGCGUCUUGGUACGAACAGGGGAUCCUGGAGAACAUCCAGAAAAACAAGCUGAUCUUCAUCGAAACGCAGGACGCGGCGGAAACCAGCAUGGCUCUGGAAAAGUACCAGGAGGCGUGUGAGAACGGCCGAGGAGCCAUCCUCCUCUCUGUGGCCCGAGGGAAGGUUUCUGAAGGAAUAGACUUCGUUCACCAUUUUGGCAGAGCGGUUAUCAUGUUUGGAGUCCCGUAUGUUUACACUCAGAGCCGCAUCCUGAAGGCUCGGCUGGAGUAUCUGCGGGAUCAGUUUCAGAUCAGAGAGAACGACUUCCUGACGUUCGACGCCAUGCGUCACGCCGCUCAGUGCGUCGGCAGAGCCAUCAGAGGCAAGACGGACUACGGCCUCAUGAUCUUUGCUGACAAGAGAUACGCUCGAUCAGACAAACGUGGGAAACUUCCUCGCUGGAUUCAGGAGCACAUCAACGACGGCAGCCUGAACCUCACCGUGGACGAAGCCGUCCAGCUGUCCAAGCACUUCCUGCGUCAGAUGGCUCAGCCGUUCAGACAGGAGGACCAGCUGGGUCUGUCUCUGCUGACUCUGGAGCAGCUGCAGUCGGAGGAAAUGCUGCAGAAAAUCUCUCAGAUGGCUCAUCAGACCUAAAAACCAUAAUCCAGCGGAUUAUGUCAUCACCAUGGCAACAUCAGAUUUCAGUCAAACGAAAGAAGGAAACCUUAUUCCUGCACCAGCCUUCCCACAAUCACUUAAAAACAGUUUAUCAACGUGUAGAUUAUGUAAAUUGAUUCAUUUUUUCAACAUGGAUUUUUUUAUACAUCUGUUACAAAGAAAAUUUUAAAAAACUUGAAGUUCUGUAAAAAAAAGAGAUUCUGGUGAAAAGUGAGUUUGUGUAUAAAGUGUCUGUCAUACAGACUCAAACUCCUGCAGAUUUAAUGUUCUGACUGUAGACUUUUUAAUAUCUCUGUCUAUAAAAAAUGUUUCUACCCA